UCAUGUUUUAGUUUGGUUCCUGCGGGCCUCGGUGGUGGAGUUAGCAUGAUGGACUUGGAGAUGAAGGUUGAAGUUAUUCACAGAGAAAGAAUUAGACCAAUCUCUCCAACUCCUCACCACCUUAGAGUUUUCAGCCUCUCAGUUUUCGAUCAGUUUUCUCCUGCAGUUCAUUUCCCAUUACUUCUUUUCUACCCCAAUAACAUUGAACCUUCUGAGGUCAAUAAUAUUGAUCCACAAUGUUCGGUAGUUGAAAGAACCAAGCUUCUGAAAAGAUCACUCUCUGACACCCUAACUCGCUUCUACCCUUUUGCAGGAACAAUCCACGAUCAUGCUUCAAUCUGUUGCAAUGACCAAGGAGCUGUGUUUCUUGAAGCUCAGGUCAACUGUUCCAUGUCAAGGGUCCUUAACGAACCCGAUCUUGAGUUACUAAAGGAGUUGAUUCCGAAGUUAGAAUCUAUCAGUGAAGGAGAAACAGGCUAUGAUCUUCUAAAUAUUCAGGCCAACUUCUUCGAGUGCGGUGGGAUCGCAAUUGGAUUCCACGUUUCACAUAAGAUGAUUGACGCCUACACACUCAGCAAAUUCAUCAAUAGUUGGGCUGCAGCAACUUCCCUUGGCUUUAGUACCAGUGACCAUAACGUAGUCCUUCCUUCAUAUCAAUAUCUUGGUGCAGCUUCUCAUUACCCGCCACUGGCAUUGUUCGAGCCCCCGCCGCAGUUUGGGGAACUUGCUAAAGAGAAGUGCAUAACAAAGAGGUUCAUGUUCGAAUCCUCAAAAAUCGCAUGUCUCAAGUCUGAAGCUGCCAGUGCUGCAGUGAAAAAUCCCACGCGCGUCGAAGUCGUGUCAGCUCUGAUUUGGAAAACUGCUAUGAGAGCAUCAAGUGCGAACUCGUGUUCUGUUAGACCGUCAUCAACAUGGUUACAAAUUGUGAAUAUGCGGAAUAUAAUUACGCAGCCGUCUGCUGAGAACUUGAUGGGAAACCUUUUGGGAUUCUAUGCAGCAACAUCAACGAGAGAAGGUGAAAGAAAUGAUGAUCUUCAGGGCUUAGUUGCUGCAAUGAGGAAGGGGUCUGAGGAACUUAAGGUGAAGUAUGGUACUAAAUGUGUAAGCGGGGAAGAUGUAAGUAAACUCUUGAUAAAGUAUGGGGAGCAGAUGCAAAAGAAUGACGUAGAGUGCUAUUGUUCUACCAGUUGGUGCAGGUUUCCAUUCUAUAAAGCCGAUUUUGGAUGGGGAAAGCCAUUGAUGAGUAUUCCUGCUACUAUUGAACUCAAGAAUUUGAUCACGUUGAUGGAUACGAGUGAUGGAGGUGGCAUAGAAGUGCGCUUGACUUUGAAAGAAGAGGACAUGGCCAUGUUUGAAAACAAUGAGGAGCUACUCGCAUAUGCUUCUAUAAAUCCGACUCUCACCUAGUGUCGUCUAAAACAAAAGGCCUCCUCUUGUGCUUGAUGUAUUCCUAUUACUAGCAAUCCCUGUUUCAAGUUUCACCUCUGGUUCUCAAUGUGACAAAACUUGAACUA